UUAUGGCUGCAUGAACACGGUUUGAUUGUAUCUUUGUCUGACAUAGGGUUUGAUGACCUACAAGCUUGUGCGGAUCCUGGAGCUCCUGAACAUGGAUACAAGACACCCAGUGCAGGUGUUUUCUUUGAAAGCGUGGUAGUCCGGUUUCAUUGCCAAGAAGGAUACAGGCUUAAUGGUACUUCAAAAAAACUUUGUGUGAGACACUUUAAUGGCUCCCUGAGCUGGAAACCAAGUGAUAAACCUGUGUGCCUACAAGAAGUCACAGAUUGCCUUGUUCCACAUGUUGAAGAUGCAGAGAUUCAUAACAAGACUUACAGGACUGGAGAUAAGUUAAUAAUCAGCUGUCAUGAAGGAUUCCAGAUCCGUUACCCUGACUUAGACAACAUGGUUUCAAUUUGUCAAGACGAUGGAACUUGGGAUAAUCUGCCCAUUUGUCAAGGUUGCCUGAGGCCAUUGGUUCUUCCUCAUAGUUACAUUAAUAUUUCUGAAUUCGAGUCCUCCUUCUCAGUAGGAACAGUGGUGUAUUAUCAAUGCUUUCCUGGAUAUAAACUAGAAGGGGCAGAGUUCCUUGAGUGCAUGUAUAACCUUAUCUGGUCAGAUAGCCCACCUAGGUGCCUUGAUGUGGAAGUUUGUCCGCUACCUCCAAUGGUCAGCCAUGGAGACUACAUCUGCCAUCCGCGGCCUUGUGAGCGCUACAACCACGGGACAGUGGUAGAGUUCUACUGUGACCCCGGCUACACCCUCACCAAUGACUACAAAUACAUCACCUGCCAGUAUGGAGAGUGGUUCCCCUCCUACCAAGUCUACUGUGUCAAAACAGAACAAACCUGGCCAAAUACGCAGGAGACCCUCCUGACUACAUGGAAAAUAGUGGCAUUUACUGCUACCAGCGUUUUAUUAGUACUUCUACUAGUCAUUUUAGCCAGAAUGUUCCAGACCAAAUUUAAGACACAUUUCCUUCCAAGAGGCAACCAGGAGGGCUCUGUGGGUGACCCCGACUUCGUGGUAGUGGAUGGUGUUCCUGUCAUGCUGCCUUCCUACGAUGAAGCUGUAAGCAGCAGCCUGAAUGCUCUGGCACCUGGAUACUCAGCCACAGUGGACCAGGGACAUAUUUUGCAGACAGAAGAUCAAAGUCCUCCUGCUUAUCCUGGCCCCAGGAUUACAGACAUGCUGCCAAGUGAAUUCGAGAGCUGUGAGAGUCAAUCAGGCUCCUCUGAACUGCUCCAAAGCUUGUACUCACCCCCGGUGUGCCAAGCAGCAGUGCUUGCAGGCUCAGAUCGAACUGAUGCAUCCCGGAGCACUGCUGGGGAGGCUGUGUCCACGAGCCCACGGAUUGAUAUUACAGAUGAGAUUCCUUUGAUGGAAGAAGACCCUUAGCCUGCAUGGAGACAUGUCAUCAUCCCAUUGCACUGUUGGGUGACAUGAAUCCUGAGCACUCAGAGAUAGAAAAAACUAUCUGUGGAUCUGGGGAGGGUACUUACCAAUCUUCCACUUGAUGAUGUCACCAGAUUGUGUGUACAUCUUAAUCCACAGUGGAGAUAACAACAUCAGCACUUGGAACAGCAAUUUUAUGAAUGAAUCCUGGGGAUUUGAUGAGAGCAGAUGUAGAAAAAGAACUGUGGCUUUUUAGAAAUGAAAUGUAUAUCUGCAUCGCAGAAAGUCAUAUGGUUCUGUAGAAAUACUGUUGGAUUUUGAUACUAACUGCCUCACAAAAGCAUGUCAAAGUAUGUAAAUUUGCUUAUAAAGACUGCUUUAAAUGAUCUGUGGACCUCUAGUUUAUGAAGAAUCCUUUCAAACUUAAAAACCAAAAACAAACAAAAAAACCCUAGUCCCGAAACACACACGCAAAAGAGGGAAGAUCUUCUUUGACUUUCCUAUGUAAAUCAGAAAGCUUACGGUUUGGUUGUUGGUUAUUUUGUUUCAUACCAUGUCUGCAGAAAAGAAUGGGAUUCGUAUGUACUUUGAUGUAUGAUAGCAAAUACAUAUAAAUAUAUAUAUAUAUAUAAUUUAAAAACUCUUACAGAGAAAGAAAAGGAAAGACUCCGGAUCACAUAAUGACCUGGAGUAUUUUUUUUAAAGGUAAGGCAGAAUUUAUAUAAUGUACAAUAUUCAAGGUAAAGUAUCAAUAUUUGUAUUUAUGCAAGACUUCUGUGACUACACUGCAUUUGAUAAAUCCUGCUAUCAUAUGAAAGACCUAGAAAGCGUUAAAAUAAUGAAAUAUUUGCUUAAGAAAUGUUGAACUGCCACGUUUCAACCUUCCUUAAGCUUUGACAAAUACAUGCAUUAGAGUAAUCUACAGUCAUAGCCCAGAGCACUGCCUUGUCCCUGUGUGCUGCGGUAGUAUUCUGAGCCAUUAUUGUAGAAUACUUUAAAAAAUAAAGUUCAGUUUCAGUUCUUUUGACUUAUCA